AUGGUGUGUUUGUGGUGGUGGUGGUGGUGGCGGGUGGGGAGGGGGUGGCAUGGUGGUGGUGGCGGCAGCGGCGGUACGGCGGUGGGAGGCAGUGAUGUGGUGGUGGUUGUGACGCCAGUGGCUGCGAUAGUGGUAGUGGUGGGGAUGGUGGUGGUGGAGGUGACGGCAGUACUUCCUGGACAUUUGGUGACGGAGGGAAGGUGGAGUACUUUCUGGACAUCAACGGGGGAAAAUGAUACUUGUUUUCCCCUUACUGUGACCACAUCUGGUGCCUCCUCUUCAGGCAGCCUCCUCGUCUGGUAUAGGAAUUCCCCCACCCAGUUCAAGUUUAACUCACGGUCAUCAGUGGCGAAAAGCGACCACCGAAGUUUGUCCAGUGAUUCCUUCACAAAUGAAGGCAGAACCACUUUGUCCUGCUGCAGAGAAAUGUUCCUUUCUGGGUACAGAGUGAUGGUGGGUUCAGUGAGCUCUGGUUCUUCGUCGCAUGGUGAUGGAGAUGGUGUGGCUACGGCGGUGGCGGUAGGUGACAGUGGUGGUGGUGGUGAUGGCUGCGACGGUGGCAGCAGUGGUGGUGUAAUGGCGGUGACGGUGGUGGUGUAA